AUGACAAAUUUUUUUGAAGACUGCUUGGCUAUUGUCAUCUACUCCAUCACCUUCAUCUUGGGCCUCCCUUCGAACUUUUUGGUCUUUUUCGUUUACGUUCGGAAGGCUCGCAAACAUGGCGCCACACCCAAUGUGGUCUAUGCGCUAAACUUGUGCGUUGCUAAUCUGGUUCUAGUUGCCUGGUUACCUGUCAAGGCUUUUGAAACUUUAUUGAACAACUGGAGACUUCCAGCUCUUGUUUGUCCGAUUUUUAACUUUUUCUUGUUUUCGUCCGUGUAUGGAAGCUGUCUCUUCAUCACUGCUGUCACUGUUGGACGUUACCUUAGCAUAGCGUUCCCAAUUAUCUACAAAAUGUACCGCCGGGCUACGAUUUCCUGCUUUAUUAGUGCUGCUUUGUGGGCUGUAGUUUGGAUUCAUUUAAGCAUUGGACUUGUAGCAGAAGGUGGUGCUUACUUCAUUUCUGUUAAAAAUGACAAUGUGGUUUGCUAUGAUGUAUUCAACGACACUCAACUGGCAGUACUGCUACCACUAAGACUUGAAAUGGCUAUUGUUUUGUUCAUCUUUCCCCUAAUUAUAACAUCGUUUUGCACUUUGCGUUGUGUUGUGCUAGUCUGGCGUUCAAAUCUUCGUCCUCUAGGCAAAAAGCGUGUAUUAACAGUUGCUUUAUCGACACUAGCUGUUUUCGUUGUAUGCUACGCACCAUAUAACACGUCACAUAUCGUUGGUUUUAUUUUAAGUACUAAUGUGGGGUGGAGAAGUUGGGCGAUACUAACUAGCUUAUGUAAUGUGUUUUUGGAGCCAGCGGUUAUGCUAAUGCUCUCGCCGGCGGUUUCCAGGGGCAUCAUGGGAAGGAUCUGUGGAAGGCAAACUCAAAGUUUUAGUCGAAUUCCAAGACAAAGCGUGAUCAAAAAUAAAGCUGCAAAUGUGCAUGCAAAGAAGUCGGAGAAGGCCAAAGGAGCAGCCAAAGAGUUUGAAGACAUCCGGGAACAAGAAGGACAAAACUAA